AUGUAUCCGAACACCCUCUUACAUUUAGGAUUGGCAGAUUUCUCGCGAAUAGGCUCUCCUGCGUUGUUGUCCGAGUUGCCUGGAAUAGGUGAGGGAGCGGGAGGUUCACAGUCAAGAAUAUCCCCCGCGUCCCCAGAAAUUCGCCUAGAGCAGCCAGAAGAGUCGGAAAUGGACGUAGACUUUGAUUUUUCAGCUCUACUACAGGUUUUCCUCCCGCAUGCCUCACGUCUGCACUUCUCUUUUCAUGUUCCGACCUUCAUUCAAGAUUCGGCUUGUCCAGAGGAUGACUCGCUUCGCCCACAUCGAUGCCUUCUUUCCGCAGUUGCAUUAUGGGCACUGUGCAUCAUGGGUCCUGACGGAGAAUACUCUGAAUACGAGUCACGCCACCUCAAGCUAUCUCUCGACGCUCUUCCCACUGCUCAUUCUAGUAACGCAGGUCGUCACCGCAUACAGGCCAUACAAACGGAAGUGCUUCUUGCUUUGUACUUCUUCAACGACUCGCGAAUAGUCGAAGGACGAUAUCAUCUAUCUGCUGCGAGUACUGCAGUAGUAGUGUGUGGACUACACCGACUUCUUGCUUCUCAAGACGCUCCGUCCUCACCUACGACUCUUGGAUCAUUCCCGGGUUUAGUCUUGGACAUGCCACGAAACGCAUUGGACCUUGGAGAACGCAUUAAUCUCUUUUGGGCGGUUUACGCAUUAGUUCGGUGUUGGGGUGUUGCAUUGGGUUCACCUCCUACAAUCCCUGACGGUCCUGCGCAAGAUGUGGCAAUUAAGUCACCAAUACCGAAGGCUUUGGAUAAAUACCAGAAUGUAUCCGUUGAUGAAAUUUUGAGUGCUGAAGGAUUCCUAGUCACAAGCUUCUUUGACGGUUCUGCAGACUACUCUAUUCUUACACAGCCUUCUUCGUCGAGGGUGGCAUUUGUAAUUGCCACGGCACUCUUUGAACGAGCGACACGCAUUGCCAAUAGCCAGAGCACAAUAGAUGCUGCUCCUUCUGUGGAAUUCAUUGAAGAAAUAGAAAGCUUCGGCAGGGUCAUCACCAGAUUUAACGACGCACUUCGAGAACAAGUAUCCCCAGAUCCAUCCGUGACAUCGGGUAAACAACACGGGACAGGGACUGCCUCCGAGGAAGGGAAACUCCAGCAAAUACUCACUCAUAGCCUCGGGAACGCAGCAACACUCCAGCUGUACUUCCCGCUCCUCGGUCAAGACGGGGCGGAUACGCAAUGCCGUAACGUCAUACGCGAGAUCGUAGCGCAGAUCAAACACAGCUGGGAUCUCUUCCAAGACCAGCUUGGGAAAAUGGACUUUUUCAUCGGAAUAAUCUGGCUUUCUGCGGCGCGCGUCCUCCUCACUCAACUUGCAGGAAUCACCUCUCCGUCGCCGAGCGCGUCGCCUAGCCUAACAGGUUCAGUUCCGGAACGACCUUUGGUACGCUCAAGUACACCCGAGGAAGCAUCAAAAGAAGCCCGCCGCCAACUCAUAGACAUCCUCCGUGCCUGGGAGAUCACCGAAGAUCUUGAGACACUUUUGAACGCGAUUCGGAGGUUGGGGGAGACGUGUCCUCUUAUUGAUAUGCGUUCUCCGUUAAUGGGCAAGUUGUGUACAGGUUACGACGGAUCUUUAUAG